AUGGCCUAUAUAAAGACACGAAGGAAUUAUGGUUUUCUGCUGGGUCUGCUUAUCCUGGGCAGCGCCUGCGGAACUUUAACCAGUGGUGGAAGUGUAGCCAGUCCUGCCUCCGCCUCGGAGCCAGGCGGACCUGGUGGCCUAACCGAACAGGUGGUGGUGGACCAGCUUAGCGACGGUGACCUGUACGGGAACAGCAAGCGGGCCUGGCAGUCCCUGCAGAACGGUUGGGGUAAGCGGGCGGACUCGGGGGACCCAGACAUCUACAUGACCGGACACUUUGUGCCGCUGGUCAUCACCGACGGCACCAACACCAUUGACUGGGAGACCUUUGAGCGCUUGGCCAGCGGACAGGCGCAGCAGCAGCAACCGCAGUCGCAGAUGCAGUCUGGCGAGGAUCUGGACGAGUUGGGGGCGGAUGGGGAGGUGGAGAAACGGGCCUGGAAGAGCAUGAACGUGGCCUGGGGCAAGCGGCGGCAGGCACAGGGCUGGAACAAGUUCAGGGGGGCCUGGGGUAAGCGUGAGCCAACAUGGAACAACCUGAAGGGGAUGUGGGGCAAGCGCGACCAGUGGCAGAAGCUCCACGGAGGCUGGGGCAAGCGUUCCGCUGGCUCAGCCCUCAACUAAUGUGGAUCUCCAGUAAAAGCAACAACUUACCCCCUUGUAUCUAACCGUAUAUAGCAUGUGUGUUUCCUCCAGCCGUGGAGGGGUUCCGUUCUAAGUGUCCAACGAUGUCGCCGGAUUCGAUUUCGCCGCCAAAAGUCAAUUCCGAAAAUGUAUGAAAGCGCUCGCCAGUUACCGGAUCCUGGCCGGCCUGUCUGCGAGGUCUCGAUCAGCCAGUAUUAUAUGCAUUAUAUCAGUAUGUCUAGUUAUCUAUCCACCAUCUAGCACCUAGUCGUCUCCAAGUAUACAAAGAGGAUCUUUCGGAAGAAUACCGCUUUAAUUUAGAAAACGUUAACUAAGUUAAUGAAUUGUGCAUAUAAAUUAAUAUUUACGUAAAUAUACAUACAUCAAUACAUACCCAGUGGAAACUAUCAAUAUGAAAUGCAAUUACGUUGAA